AAGAGUCUCCUAACCAAAGAAAAUUCUCUCGAAAUGGAGGAAGCUUUUAGGAGGCUGAAUGGUAUGUCUCCCCAUGUUCAUGAGCCAGAACCCAUCAUACCAGAUCAUAUGUUGAAAAAGUCCACCACCACUACAAGCACAAACAAGAGGCCACUGAAGGAGAGCGGUACCACGGCUGGGACUAUGAGGUACCGUGGGGUCCGCAGGAGGCCUUGGGGACGAUAUGCAGCUGAGAUAAGGGACCCACAGUCCAAGGAGAGGCGCUGGCUCGGAACCUUCGACACUGCUGAGGAGGCGGCUUGCGCCUAUGACUGUGCUGCUCGUGCCAUGCGCGGUCUCAAGGCCCGUACCAACUUCGUUUACGCCACUCCUGCUGAUCACGAUUACAACAUGUACAAGCCAUCUCAGCCGUCCAUUGGAGCCUUCACCAACUCAUCAUCAUCUCGUCCUCCGUUCAGCUCCCAUCCCCCAAACUGGGCGUCUCCUUACUCACACCCCCAUACAUAUGCUCCGCCGCAGAGGAAUAUUACCGCCUCUUCUUCUCCUCUUAACAUGGUUUUGCUCCGUGACGUGCCCCCAACAGAUGGGAAUUUCUCGAGGGGUUCGUUGGUAAAUAGCGUCACACCUCAUGUGUGUGGGCCUACUUACACUUCUCAUGGUGGGGUCAGGAAUAUCAACCUCACCGCAAACACUCCUCAAACUGACUUCUUGGAUUUCUUUUCACAAGAACCCUCUCAUUCUGGUUUGCUCCAAGAGGUAGUUCAAGGCUAUUUGCCAAAGACUGAUACUUCAAAAGGGAUGAGUACUAGUAGUGUAGAAGAAUUUGUUAAUCCUUCCAACUCUAAAUUUUACAUGAAGAAUGAGUCGUGUUUUGGUGGUUUUCUUGAUAACCAAGUUGAGCAAGUACAGCUUGGUAAUUUCACAGAAGUACUCCAUGGCUCACAGGCGUUGCCAUAUGGUUACAACGAUCAGCUGCCAUUGAUGAAGCUCGAUCACUUGGGCCAGGACUCCGUUUUUAAUGAUAUUAUUCAGUACCCAGAACUAUUCUCUACCGCUUUUGCUGCUAGGCUCCAGAAUGCUUAGACACUCAUGUUUCCUUUUGUUUUCAAGUUUUAAGAUCAGAUAUGCAGUGAUAGCUUCACAAAUUUCAGUUCAAGUUGAUUAGUACGUACUAAUAAUAUCUUUACGGUUUCUGAAUCCUGGU